AUGUCCACCUUCCACCCCUUCCCUCGUCUUCCAAUUGAGCUUCGCAUUCGUAUCUGGAACCUAACGGCCUUUCCUCGUAUCGUACGUGUGAGAACCCAUAUGAGAAGGAGAUGGGUGACGGUUGGGGAAACGCUGGUUCAAUAUGUGGCUUCGUCAACUCCCUGCCCUCCGGUAAUGCAGGUCUGCCACGAGUCUCGACAACACGCGCCAUAUGAGCAGGCCUACACAAAUGGUUUUGAGCCUCGUUACAUCUGGAUCAACUUCGAGACCGACAUGAUUUGCCUGGAAGAAAACAAAGACCCGCUAUCGCUGGCAAACCCGUUAGCGCUCGACCCUCAUGAAGAGGACAUACAACGGCUAAGGUUCUCAAUCAACAAGGAGGCGGAUUCUGAGUGGUUUUUCCAUUUUGGCAACCAACAACUCUCAAGUUUUUCCAGUGUCAAAGAAAUUCACUUGGCGGUAGACAGAAAAAUAGCCGGGUUUAGUGUCUCGGCGAUGGCAGACACCGUAGAGUACUGUUUAGGUAGGUAUGCUGAUAUCGUCAAAUUUCUCGACGUCGGGUCAGGACUUAUGAUGGAUGCAAAUCAAGUUCGCUUAACGCAUGCUUGGAUUACUUGGCACUCUUUUGAGCGCUAUGGAAAAGCAAAAUUAGACACAUUUGAAGAGGAUAUGAGGUGGAUGCAAGAUGAUGAUACGAUUCUCACAUUGUCGGAGAUUCACGUCAUAGAGGAUGGAAUUGUAGAGGUUGAAGAAGAUGAGAGUGGAGAAGAUGAAUAG